AUGGCGCGCGUACACACGGUUUCGCAAAUUUUACAUUUUUUCCUUUAUUUCUCAUUUAUUUUAUGUUGUUUUACUGGUUUUGUGAGUGCCAACCGCGAGUUAAAUGAAGACAACUGGAAAGAAAUCCUUGAAGGAGAAUGGAUGGUCGAGUUCUACGCACCAUGGUGCCCCGCCUGCAACGCCCUCGCCCCGGCAUGGCGCGAGCUGUCCACCCGCGCGACUCGCAAGGCUCUGGGCGUCAGGACAGCUGCCGUCGACGUCACCAAGUCGCCUGGACUGAGCGGUAGAUUUGUCGUCACUGCGCUGCCUACUAUUUUCCAUGUAAUCGACGGCGAAUUCCGUCAAUACAAAGGCCCACGCGACGUGGAAUCCAUGCUUGGCUACGUGGAGGACCAGCGCUGGAAGCAGACCGACCCUGUACCAGCGUGGAAGGCGCCACACUCGAUUCAGAUGACACUCGUCGCUGAAUUCUUUAAACUUAGUCAGGCACUUAGGAGUGUGCACACUAUGUUGAUGGAGACGUACGGCCUACCGACAUGGGGUUCCUACCUGAUCUUUGCACUGGCAACCAUAUUCAUCGGAGCACUGCUUGGACUGGUCCUAGUAUGCAUAAUAGACCUGCUAUACCCGCCGCGUCGCUCGGACAAGGUGUUCAUCUCACAGAAGGAGCUCGACAAGCGCGCACGAGGAGACCAGGACGCUAAGGAGAAGUCUGAUGAUGACCAGGAGCUGAUCAACGAUGAUAUAGUGGAUGAUGAUGAGAACGCGAACAACAGUGAUGCUGAGAAGAACUCACCCAGUGAUUCAUCAGACGAGGAAAAGGAGAAAGAAACAGAAGGCGGUGGCGAUACGAAGGCAGCGGACCCAGUAGACCGACCCGAGGUUCGCAAGCGAAGGCCAAGGAAAGCCGACUAG